AUGAGUAAGGGGAACAGAUAUCCCAUGAAAACUAAAAAGGAAACAGUAGAACCUGAUGGAUGGGGCAAGGAGGCCACAAAGACCAGUACAUGCAUAGAAAACGCCAAUGAGAAGAAAAGCAGCCACCAAAGCAGAGAGUACACAUGCAAUAUAUGUUACUCGCAACCAGAAGGCCCUGUACUGACACCGUGUGGACAUCUAUUCUGCUGGGGAUGCUUGUAUGUAUGGUCUCAGUCAACAGGAGGAUGUAAAUUCUGCCCUACAUGUAGGAGUAGAAUGGAGAUUGAGGAGGUUAUAUCUGUGCUGGCUGUAGACUCAAAGAAAGAAAGCAGAGGGCUCCCGCCAAGGCCUAUGAACAAUAGAAAGCUUGUGAGAGUGAUAACUCCGGGAAUAAAAGUUAACGGUACAAGAUUUGGAAGCUGCCUCUUACAAGAAGAAGAAGCAAACAUAUUUUCAUACAGAACAACAAUAGGCCUAUUAACUCUCAUGUGUUUACUUAUUUCCAUAACUUUGAAGUCAUAUAGCUUUGAAGGUUGA